UUAGAAAAGCAGGAAACACAAAGAAAUGCAUCGAAACAGGAUAAGCAGUUGUCAGUGGCGUACGUGAAGGAAAGCACGAUCAGUAUCACAGUCACGCACGCAACACAUGUUCAUCCCACAUGCUUUAUAUCGAGCAUGUGCUUUGUAGCAGACGCUCGCAACGUGCCCCUUUGACUUCGUGAUAGUGCGGUAGCGUACAGUGCCAAAAUUUUCUACGCAAACCAUUGUCGAUACCGUCUUCCUCCUGCAUGACAUCGACGGUGCGCGCUGUUUCUAAAACCCAUUAACGAUCCGUCUGUACGAAGUAAGUCGUAAAAUGGCGUGGCGGGAAGUUAAACGAGGUUUUUAACCGGUGGCAACAAGUGGUUGGAUUGGUGCGUUUUUGCAUUUUGUGUGCGUGUUAACCUUGAACGAGAUCCAGUGAUACUGUGAAAGAAAGUCCCACGUGCUCUUCAGUGCUAAAGUUGCUUCGGUUGCAGACUGUGAAGUCCAGUGGACAGUGCGCCAGUCGCAUAUCGGUAAAUACGAUCCGCGUUGUAAAGAGUAUGGCAACUGCGAUUGUGCUGGGGGGUGGUAUCAGCGGCCUUGCGUCCUCCUAUUAUCUCUCAACGAUUGGAAGAGAUGUUGUCAAGAAGGUGAUACUUGUGGAGAGCACACCCAGAUUAGGCGGCUGGAUCCGCUCCACGGCGUUUCCAGACGGAACAGUUUAUGAGCAUGGUCCGCACAGCCUGCGUACCACUGGCAAGGCUGGACGCAACUCUUUGAUGCUGGUAGAAGAGCUAGGCCUCGCCAGUCACGUUCUCGGCGUGAACGCGAGCGCGCAGUCAUCGCACAAGAGGCUGGUGCUCGCUCGAGGCCGGCUCCAUCCCCUGCCCGCAAGCAUCACGCAGCUGCUGCGGCCGUCCCUGCUGUCGAGAGCACCCCUGGCUGCUCCCACAGAGCAUGGACAAGAUGAAAGCAUUCGCCAGUUUGCACUCAGGUGUUUCAACGAUGAGGUUGCAGACUACGUCAUGGAUCCCCUGACGAGGAAUAUCUGUGCGGGUUGCUCCAGCGAAGUGAGCGCCCGCUCCCUUCUUCCAGAGAUGCUCCUGACAGCCCAGCAGUGCUCCACGGCAACGAGCUUGGAAGACCCCUCAACGAAGAUGGAAACGCAGGUGCAACCCGCAAGCCAAUUGUUGGAGAAAGCCUCCCAUUGGUCUCAGUGGACGCUGCGAAAGGGACUGCAGGAGUUGUGCGAUACCCUGACAGAAUGCUUGACUCGAGACCCAAGGGUUCACAUCUACGUGAAUGAACCGCACGUAGAAAUCGGUCCAGGAGAUGAUGGACGCCUUUCGUUAUCGUUUGCUGAAUCGACAAUGGAGGUGGAUCAUCUGUUUGCAUGUAUUCCAGCAAGAAGGCUGUCUAGUCUGCUGACACAUAGUUUCCCAAUGUUGGCCAGCAUUCUCUUGGACAUCCCCAGUGUUCACGUGGUCUCCGUUAACUUGGAGUACAAAGGGAAAGUGCUUCCCCAAGAGGCCCUGGGCUUUCUGGUACCUUCCAUAGAAAAGUCCAACGUUCUCGGGAUGACCUUUGACUCCUGCUGUUUCCCAGAUCAUGACGGACAGUACGACGUCAAGACAAGGAUCACGUGCCUAAUGGGAGGCAAGUGGUUCAAGGAACUGUUUGGGGACAUCCACAGCGUGGAUUCUGAGUCACUGCUCAAAGCCGCCACAGAGUCGGUGCACCAACAUUUGGGUAUAUCGGAGCAUCCGGUGCGCUACCAGGUCAGUCUGCUCAAGGAGAGCAUGCCUCAGCACAUUGUUGGCCACCGGGAACGUGUCUCACACAUCCGAAAGGAGAUCAGUCAACAGGGACUACGAAUGAGCGUGGUCGGUGCUUCCUACGAUGGCAUUGGCGUCAACGAUUGCAUUCUUCAGGCACGUCAGGCUGCCGAGACGUACCUCACUUCCCUUCGUGCCUAAAUUUUUUAGGGAUUUUUUAGGGAUUUGCAAAGCCUUCUCGGCUCAGGAAAGGGAUGCACGAUGCCCCCAUUCAUGUGAAGUUCACGCUAAUUGCAGUAGGCGGUUUCAGUCAGCGGCAGCCAGUGUGCAGCUGGACGGAGCCAGUUACCAUGGCAACAGCCACUGAAAAAGCAGCGGUCGUCACCUGAGGCUUGAGUAUCACUUGAUAAGUAGGGCCCGACUUUUUAGGGUUAAACCCGUAUCCGCCCAAUAUUUACUUCUCCCCCCCCCCCGAACGAAAUCUGUAAAAUUCGGGUUUAACCCGAAUCUACCCAAAAACAUCCGGGUCGCGUGGCACACUCAUAAGCGUGCAUUAAAAUAAAGUUUGAUAACAUUGUUAAACAUUAGUUCCAUGUUAAGACAUAUUUUUAUUUAAAAAAAAAAGAAUCGCCCGAAUACACCCGAAUUCCUGACGACAGAAUAUGCCGUAACGGGAUUUAACCCGAAUACACCCGAAUUUUCGAAUGAAAAAUAUCGCCCGAUAUUUACCCUUCCGAAUUUGGCCAAAAAUAAAACCCGAAAAAGUCAGGCCCUAUUGAUAAGUGAUCAGGCCUCGUUUCGUCCAGGUGGCACUUGACAAUGUAUACGUAGUUGGAGUCACUCAACUUAUACAAGUCAUUCACUGAAUUUGCACAGCAGUCUAAACGCCCCAACCCUUGGGUGAAACGGGGACUAGCUAUAUGACUAAAAUCACCAUGUUUGUACUUGACAAACACUUGGGACAACAAAUACGUCACGUUGCAAAAAUUUAAACGGUGGAAAUGUGCCUCGGGGGAAAUCGGUGGUUAUAGAUGUCAUUGUCACAAGACAUUCUGUGGGGUCGGAUGGGAGAACUUUAAAAAAGGUAAAAGUACCAUUACUACAACAACACAUCGAAAUAUACACCAAGUGCCUCUGAAUUGUUGCUUAACUGCCAGUGUGCAGGCGGCCAAUAUGUCUUUAAAUCCUGCCAAUGGGUUGAAUGAACAUGUUCUGAACAGCUCCAGUGUGAUCGGUGCCCUUUUUCCCAGAUGCCCGGUGCCCAAUAUCCCUAAUUUCCAAACGUUUGCCCUUGGAGAGUGAGGUAACUAUUUAACAAAACAUCAUGAGCAUCUUUGUAAGUUUGGAUAUAAACCGUGCCAGUGAAAAUUUCAGAAAAUUUUCAUAAAGUAUGGAGGGCCUGUGUUGCACCCCCCUCCCUCUUCAGAACUAGGACUUGUGUGUCACACUGCAUGGUGCACACUGCAGUCAUGGAAAUCGUGUGAGCGAAACGACAGUUCCUUCAUUUUACAGUCGCCGUCCGAUUUGUCGGACUCUGCGGGGAUCGCGCAAAAGUCCGAAUAAUCGAGCAGUCCGAAAAAACGAAUUUCGCUUCAAAAUAAACUUUACUAAGCCCUAGAAGGCUGGAAAAAUUUGUCGAUGCUUUCCUAACGCGCUUCCAGCUCUGCCUGAUAACAUCAGCUUCUAUUUCCCGAAGCGACAUUUCGUCAAUGUACACUAUCAGAGACACCGUCGUCAUCAAGUCCGCAAGUCGGCUUCACCUAACGCAUGCGGGCUUUAGGUGAAGCUCGCUUUACAGAGCUGUCGCGCGACUCGCGGGCAGACAGCACGUGCUGGGCCGUUGGCCAAAACCGAAGACGCAAAGGCGCUACGACAGACUUCUUCUACUCAGAGGAAGGGAAUGUCAACAAUUAUCACUGCCAAUUUUUUUGCCUCAAUAUAUUAGUUGGUUGAUUUCUUUUGAUACGUAUUUCAGAUGAUACCAAUAUUUUCCGUCACCCCAAGAGAGAAACUUGCGGGUUGGGCAAACAGAGUUCGAAAUAUCAAACGACGGAGCUGCACGGCGUCCGAAAUUUUGGACGUUCUAUAUAUCACCUCUAUGGGACCCGCGGCCGUUCCGCGAACGAGUCCGAAUAAUCGAGCAUGUCCGAAAAAUCGGGGUCCGAAAAAUCGGUCGGCGACUGUAGACAAAGGGAUUCCCAAACGACAUUGCACAGAGCUGCCGCUCUGAAAUAACUGUGAUAACGCACUUGCAGUGAAAGUUGUAUUUGUGUUUAUCGAAACAGAUUGAAUACGUACAAUCAUGCUCAGACAAAUGUGCCUUCACAGCAAAACUGGCCCAUUUCUCUACUUUAUUGAAAUUUAGCAGAUAUUGCCACUGAGUCUGCACACUGCCUUACUUGUACAUAAUGCCGUAGAGAUACACUGUACAGCAAUGGUUUAUUACGUCGGUAAUGUGCUGUUUCACUUGGAACCGGUUUUGGAGAAUAAAAGUGCCACGAGCUAAAAAUA